AUGCCCCGGCGCCUGCAGGAGCUGGAGCAGCGGGUGGCCCGCAGACCCUCAGGAAGGCUGUUUACUCCCAUUCUGAUCUCACAGCCUCAAAGUCUGGUGUCAAAUAAAGUUCAUCGGAAAGGCUCGGACACUUGGUGCUCCUUCGAGGCAGCCGGAAAGGAUGUGGAGGAGGAAGAAGAAGAGGAGGAGGAGGAGGAGGAAGACCAAGAAGAGGAGGAAGAGGAUGAGGAGGUGGAGGAGGAAGAGGAGAAAAAAGUGGAGCUCUCACACUCCUCCGUCACUGUGCUGCCAGACCUGUUGGAAUUUGAACGCUUUUACAAGCAGACGAUGGACUUUCUGAUCAGGAACAGGAUCAUCUCCUCCAAGGAGGUGACGCUCCCCAUCGUGUCCGCGGCCAUCUCCCAUCUGUGGCAGACCCUCUCGGAGGAGAGGAAGACCAUCCUCUUGCAGGCAUGGGAGCAGGCACAGAGCAGCCUCGUGGGGUCCUGUGCAGAGCCGGCCUGCCCUGAGGGCAGCAUGAAGGACAGCGGGGUUGACAGCCAGGGGGCCAGCUGCUCGCUGGUCUCCACCCCUGAGGAGAUCCUUUUUGAAGAUGCCUUCGAUGUGGCAAAUUCCCUGGACAAAAGUGAAGCUCCAGGCACAUCUAGCCCCAGUUCCGUGCUGGCUGUCUGCAACUCAAAAACUCCCGAGGAUAAGUUUCAGCUCUACGUGCAGAUCAUCGAUUUUUUCAAAGGCCUUUGCUGUGUUAACACUCAGGUCAAACAGGAACCGGACCUUCCCGUUGACGAUGAGAUGAUAAUGUUGAGGUGCACGGAGACAUUUGACGAUGAAGAUCUGUGAUGCAAGAGGGCUGGAAGCAGGAGGGGAUGGAGGAGGCUGGAGGCCUCCGGCUUUGAGUUCUGGCAGCCCAAGUUGCCCCUGCCUUGGCGUUUUGGAGUGGGCUGCCCCGAAAGCAUUUUGAUGGUUGUAGUUUCUGGUUGUUAUAAAGUAUUUGAGAAUA